AUGUAAUCGACUAGGCGCAAAUGAGGCUCGAAUUUCGUCACGAAUUCCUCACUUUCAGCAUUCCAGUUGCACAACAACGCCUUGAUAAUGGUUUCUAAUACCAAAUACAAAGAUCUCGUAGUUUCCAAGUUCUAAUAUCACACGUUGAACAUGAGGUGUUUCGACUUCAAUGAAUGCACCAACACGUCAUGAUAUCGCCGGCCAUUCGAAACAUAUCCCACCAUAAAAAGCCGUUGUCUGGCAUCGUUCUACGAGCCUGUGCUUCACUAAACCAUUCAUCAAUUCCCCGCUAUAUCCCAUCAAUUUACACUCGAGCAGAGAUGUCCAAGCCAAUGAAUCUCAUUCACAAAGCCACCACCUCAUCCAACGACGGCAACAGCCGCAAUGACCCCUUAACCCGGGAUAAGCUCUUCGAUCUCAAAGGGCACGUAGCCCUCGUCACUGGUGGCGGGACCGGCAUCGGGUUGAUGGCCACCCAAGCACUUGUCGCGAACGGCGCCAAGGUUUACAUCACGGGCCGCACCAAGGAGAAGUUAGACCGCGUCGUGGAGCUGUACUCGCACGGCAAGGACUCCAUCGUCCCGAUUGCCUGCGACGUGACGGACAAGUCGCAGAUCGCGAGCUUGGUCGACCAGGUCAAGGCCCGCGAGGAAUGUCUGUGCAUCCUCAUCAACAACGCGGGAAUCUCGGGCGAGACGCUGCAGACGGAGGCCGGCUCCGCGCAGGAGAUGCGGGAGAACCUGUUCGAUACCGACAAAUCUUCCGUGGAUAACUGGACAGACGUCUACCGCACGAACGUGACCCCCAUCUUCUUCGCGACUGCGGCCUUCCUCCCGCUACUGCAGAAGUCGUCUGAACGCUUCCCCGGCUGGUCCGGCACCGUGAUCAACAUCUCGUCGAUCAGCGGCCUGGUCAAGACGGCGCAGCACCACUUUGCGUACAACGCGUCAAAGGCCGCCGCAAUUCAUCUAACGCGCCUGUUGGCCGCCGAGACCGCCGCGAACAAGUUGAAGAUCCGCGUGAACUCGAUCGCGCCGGGCGUCUUUCCCAGCGAGAUGACGACCGAGGGUAGCGGAGGCGACCAGAAAAGCUAUAUCGAACGCGAGAAGUAUGCGAAGAUACCGGCCGGGCGACCUGGCAAGGAUGAUGACAUGGCCCAAACGGUAUUGUUCUUCGCUGCGAACCAGUACUUGAAUGGCCAGACGCUGGCUGUCGAUGGCGGAUACACGCUGGAGGCUGGAGAGUAAAGGCCCUGUUCGGUAUAAGACGGUCAAACAUGUGCAUUAGCCGGAGGUGACUAGGUAGAUAUUCUACCAUUGAAGUUGUCACAUGCAUUCUUAGAACCUAGUGCUCACCUACCUCCUAGAUGUUGAUUUCAGCUCAUAUCAAUAGCGCCGCCAAGCUCGAUCUAUCUCAUCGAAACCCAUACUAUUGCUUUCAGGUGCCGUGUUCUGCUAUAAUUGCCUAAGGUCGGAGAUCUAUCGAUAGUUAAUGCUUUGAAUCUUCGAAUUUCUUAGAUCCCGCCGGAAA